CCUCCAGUUCUGGACAUCUUCAGGUCAGAUGACGCUGGAUGAUGAGAAGCGGCAGCUGACCACGUGUAUCCCCGACCAACCAGCUCUUAACUUGUGGAGGAACAUUGAACGCAGAUCAAGCCCAUGGUCAUCAUCCUUCCCUCUCUCUCCUCAGCGCUGUUGUCUUCUAGAGGCGCCUCUCCAGCACUCAGCAUUAACUUCUUCUGUCUCAGAGUGUCCAAAGGAUACUUCAUGGAAAACACUUUUCUUAAAUAUGUGGGACAUUUUCACUUUGAUCACAAGGAAUGUAAAUUUAACAAGCCAGCAUCAUGUUCUUACAAUGAAUCACCCAAAUAGGUUGAUCAUCUUCUGCGAUGAGGAUAUACCCGUGCAGCUUUAUAAGGGCAUAAGCAGCACUCAAGAUUGCAGGACAAUUACAGGAGCUACUGGUUGUAGUGAUAACAACAAUGUGUCAAGUUAUUUAAAAAAUGCCUAUUUGCCCUCUGAUCUCAACAAUAACUCUGAGGAGGAUCCCAGUGAAGUCUUUCAUGGGGAUAAUCUUAAUAUAAGUACCCGUAAAAGUCUUUUAAAAUCCUAUCAAAACUACAAUUGUCCAGGAGAGUCAUCCAAAAGGGACAGGAAACUGAGGAGGAGUGUGUCCUUCGAUGAUGACGUCACGGUCUUACUGUUUGAUCAGGAGGGUCCCACCAUGAAGCUGCGCCCUGAGCCCUCCACAUCUCUGCCAAACACCGCUUCCUUCAACCUGCCAGAUGUCCCAUUAGACGACUGUGGCCUGGAGUGGGAAGACGACUUCUCAGCUCUGGAGUGGAGCUGGCACCUCCAGCGCAUCAGUCGCUCUCUGCACUCCACCCUUUCCCCGUCAACACCGAGCUGGACUGCUGCGUCCAGGCCGCAGCGUUACCUGCCGUCUCAAACCUGCCUCUUCCUCACCCAUGUCGCUGAGUCAGACCUCGAGCUGUGAGAUAAACAGCCGGUGACACAGACACAGACACACACACAUACACGCACACACACUGAGCUACAGGUGUUCAUGUCUAUGACACAGUGGCAGUCAAACACCUUUCUAUCAAGCUGCUGCCUUCAGCCAAAGGCCACCUCACUGUCACCAUGGCCCAUGUGACAUCCACGCUUGUUUUUCUUUCAGACGGCCAGCCUUGGUCUAAUGGAAAAACUGACUAAUCGUCCAGAUCUACGUCCUCUUCACCUCUUCCGACUCAUCUACCCCCACCUCCCUCCUCUUUUACGAUGAGUCAGGGAUUGUAAUGGCUUUUUCCCUUUUUUUUCUCUUUCAUUCUCUCUCUCUCGGCCCCAAAUGGAUUCAAAGCACCUGCUGUUCAUGACAUCACAGCGCUGCAGGACUGUGUGACAGUGCAUUCAGCUUGAACAGUUGACACAACCACUGGCUUGAUGAUGUGAAAAAAACAGCGGGUUGCAUAACAGCGCUGGUACCUUUCCAGCUGCAGGCCUCUUUGGGAGCUGCUUUUUAUGCCAGGUUGCGUCCUUGGACCUGAGCGAUGAAACAGAGAUAUAUAUAAUGUCACUUCCAACUUUUAAUAAGUCAUAGUUUUAACGUGUCUGAAACCGAAUUCUACGUUUAAAUGGGUUGGAUUCAAGAAAGUCCCGGUUUAUCUUGUUGGGAUGUUGUUUCUACAGUUUGUUUUGCUCAAACAGAACAUGCUUGUGGAGGCCCUGUUUGCCUGCCUCAUUACUGAAGUGUAUUCAGCCCCGAAUGUAUCAGAGGCUGUGGCUGAAUAAACAGUGUGAGCCUUAGGGGCCAAAGGAGGCAGAAACUGAACAAACUCAAAGUAAAAGAUAAUGUUUCCACAGAGUGCCGGCAUCAGCGAGGUUCGGUUGAUUAGAUACAGUGUACCUGAUGAGCAGAGGAAAGCUGGCAGGACCAGUCUUCACAAACAAACACACACAAACACACACACACACACAUACACACAGACACACACUCACACUCACAAAGCUCAAGGACACAUACGCUAAAAGUGUUUGUUUUCUCAGAGCUGGGAGAAACACACAUGUAAAGAGUGUUAUUGUUGUUAAAACUACAUUAUAUUUUAACAUCACUUUUAAUGUAAAAGCCAA